CAUUGCGCGCGGCAAAGCGCCCCUUUGCUGGUCUUGCAUCUUCCCUCUCGAUUGUCCCUAGCCUUGCCAUUGGAGAGACAACGUUUCGCAGCGGAGAUCUAUACGAUGGAUGAAAUCGUCGAACGUCUCUCAGCCAUUGCUAUUUUGCACUACGAGAGGAGGAGCCACCAAACACAUGUUCCUACACAAGAGGAGGUCCUAUGUAUACAAGAGAUUGCAACACAGGUCUUUCGCCCUCCGACUUCUGAUGCAAGUAGCCAGCCAGAACCGCCACUCCUACUUGCACCGUCCGCGGCAUUUCGAGAGUUUGAGGAGCUGGUAUGGGGAUUGAAUAGGAAUAUGGACGUGUAUGAGAAGCAUGACUUAUUAGACAAAGCAAUGGAUGAGAUCCCUAUUCAGGAGCUACAUGAGAAGGCAGAACAACUCUCUGCACAGUCACACAAAAAUCAUUCAUCACUGGCUUUCGAAGACGCUCUCGCCGAGCCGCUUGUCCAGUGGUUCAAGCAUACCUACAUGCGUUGGAUAAACUCGUUCCCAUGCCCCAUCUGCUCGGGCCCGACGACCGUGAUUGGGGCAACGCCGCCCACACCCGAGGAGCGUGUUGGUCGAGCGAACCGAGUUGAACUCCACAAGUGUCAAACCCCGAACUGCGGGGGCCUGCAUCGUUUUCCCAGAUAUAACGAUCCGGCCAUGCUGAUGAAGACUCGGGAAGGGCGGUGCGGAGAAUGGGCCAAUUUAUUCACCCUGUUCUUGCGAGCUGUAGGUUUACGCGCGCGUUACAUAUGGAACCGAGAAGACCAUGUCUGGAAUGAGUAUUUCUCGCCAACGGAGCAGCGGUGGGUUCACAUCGACUCAUGCGAAGCGGCGCGAGACAAGCCCACAUUGUAUGAAAGGGGAUGGGGAAAGAAAAUGAGCUACAUCUUCGCAUUCUCUGUUGAAGGAGCCCUUGACGUCAGUCGUGGCUACACGUUGAACUGGCCUGCAAUGGAAGAGCGGCGGAACUGGGUACCCAUCGAUGAGUUACAGCGAGUGAUGCAGAGUAUCACUUCAACCAGGCGUGCUAGUCUGUCAUCCAACCAAAGAGCACAUUUAGAGGCAGAAGACAGGGUCGAGAAUGCACGUUUACAGCGGGGGCCAGACUGGACCCCUUCGCCUGAGCAAGGUAGACAGAGUGGGUCGACAGAGUGGACACAUAGACGUGGCGAAGCAGGUUGA